ACAAAUAAAUAUGAAAACAUCAAAAAUAGUCCUAUUUUUCCUUCUUCAUAUUCUCUUUUUUUAUUCACUUCCAUUUGCACUGAACACUGUGUCGUCUAAGAGAAUAGAAGGAGAAGCUCUUGUAAGGUGGAAAAAGACCUUAUCAUCUCAUGAUUUUCUUGAUUCAUGGGCCCUCAAUAAUACUAUGAAUCUCCGUAGUUGGACAGGGAUUGUAUGCAAUUCUGAGGGGUCGAUUUCUGAGAUAAACUUAUCACUUUCCCUUAACGGUACGCUUGACAAACUUGAUUUUGCUUCAUUUUCGAAUCUCACUCGUCUCAACCUCAACAAUAAUAAUUUCUAUGGGUUCAUUCCAUAUCAAAUUAGUGAUCUUAAAAAUCUAACUUAUCUUGAUUUGUCAUAUAAUCACUUUACUGGUGAAAUUCCGGAAUCGUUAUUCACCAAUUUAGGCAAACUUGAAUAUCUUACCCUUACAGGCAACUAUUUCCAAGGCACCUUGCAAUCAAUUCUUACCAAGCUGACAAGAUUGAAAGGUAUUGUGUUAGCACAAAACAACUUCUCUGGUUCAAUUCCUGAUAUUUUUGGUUCGAUGCCAAAUCUAGAAAUCCUUGGAUUAACUUCAUUUCAAGGAAAUAUCCCAGCUUCCAUAGGAAAACUCAGGAAUCUUCGACUUCUUGAUCUCACAAUCAAUAGCCCACUCAAUUUUACAAUUCCUCCUGAGCUUGGGCUCUGCACAAACCUUACCUACUUGGCAUUAAGUGGGAAUUCACUCACGGGAUCCUUGCCUUUAUCCAUGACCAAUCUUACCAAGUUAUCUACUUUGGCUAUCACUGAUAGCAAUCUUUCUGGUCAAAUCCUAUCUUGUUUUAUCACAAGUUGGACCCAAUUAACAGCGUUGAGAAUUCUAAAGAAUUCUUUUACCGGGGAAAUUCCAUCUGAAAUAGGUUUGUUGAUAAAUCUCACUACUCUUAUUCUGAAUGGUAAUAGAUUUUCAGGCUAUAUCCCUCAAGAGAUAGGAAGCUUGAAAAAUUUGUGGUUCCUGGACCUUUCAGUUAACUUAUUUUCAGGUAAAAUACCUCCAACAAUCUGGAAUCUAACAGAGGUUAUCAUCAUGGACAUUUCCUCCAACCAUCUCACGGGUACGAUUUCACCUGAGGCUGGGGAUUUGAUGUCACUCAGGUAUCUAGAUCUUAGUAUGAAUCAACUGAGUGGGCAGUUGCCAAAAAACAUCUCUAAACUUGGAAAAGGAUUGGCUUUUUUGAAGUUGAAGAAGAAUCACUUUCAUGGCACCAUUCCUAAAAUAUUUACAAAGGGAUGUGAACUGUUGAAUUUGGACGUAAGUGGCAAUCAAUUGACUGGAAUAUUACCACACACGUUGGUCAAUUGCAGGUUGCUCGAAGUACUAGAUAUUGGGAACAAUGACAUAAGUGGCUCAUUCCCUUUUUGGAUGGAAAGUCUUCAAAAGCUUCGAGUUCUUGUAUUGAAGUCCAACAGAUUCAAUGGUACAAUACCUAUUUCAAAGGGGUUCGAGUAUGACUUGCGAACAUUUAGAAGACACUAUACAAGCAUCGAUCUAUCAAACAACAAAUUUCAAGGAGAUAUUCCAAUUUCUAUAGGAAAGAUCAAGGGCCUACACACUCUGCACUUAGCUAAUAAUAAUUUCACAGGUCAUAUCCCAUCACUGGAAAAUUUGACUUCACUUGAAUCAUUGGACCUUCGUUCAAAUCAAUUGGUAGGGGAGAUUCCUUGGCAAUUGACAAAGUUGACAUCUCUAUCAUUUCUUAACCUUUCAUACAAUCAUCUUGUUGGUCGUAUACCUGAGCGAGGGCAGCUUCUUACGUUUCCUAACAGUUCAUAUAUUGGCAACCCAGAAUUAUGUGGAUUGCCAUUGACAACAAUGUGUGGAAAUGGUGAACCACAACCGAAGCUUCCAGUUUCGACGACACGGAGAGAUGAUGAUUUAAAUAGCUUAGACGGAUUCACCUGGCAAGUUGUCCUCGUGGGGUAUGGAUGUGGAAUGUUAUUUGGAUUGGUUGUAGGAUAUUUAAUUUUUAAAUAUGAAAAACCUGAAUGGUUUAUAGCAUUUGUUUAUCAAAUUUACAGAAUAAAAAAUGGUAGAAGGUGGAGGUAGAUUGUUUAUAGUUAUUAGUUAAGAGGAAAUAAGUUCAAUGUUAAGUCUUCCUAGAAUAUACAUAUAAGCAUUUAUUUACUAGUGCAAUAAAAGGAGAAGAAAAUAAAUGUAUUGUCACCCUUCGGACAUAGAAAAGCCUUCAUUCUCCUUCUUCGUAUUCUUCUGUUUUUACUUUAAUUGAAUAUUGUAAAUCUAAGAGAACAUAACCAUAUUUUUUAAAUAUUGCCCAAAUUAUUUUUGUUUGCAGAUAUAGAGAAAUUGCAAUUAAUAGUCAAGUUUUCUUUACCAUAUUCAAGGGAACCAAGUUAUUUGAAGGAGACAUCUCAUCAUUUCCCUUAGAACUUCCCAAGCCAUCUUCCUCUUUCCCUCAGUUGAUCCCCACCAAAACUAUAAGCAUCCUAAUCUCUUCGUAAAUCAAAUUUUGCAACCCGAAUAAACUCAUCAUAUUUGAAGGGAUUGGUUGCAAAAUAGCCUAAAAUCAUCAUUUCCCAACCCCCAGUCGAAAAUAGAUUUCGGCCCGCCCAUUAACCCUCUUCCAUAUUCAUUCCUUUAUCGUGAAAAAUGUUAGGAGAUUAUUCCUGCCCGUAGUAGCUAGUAUCCCCAGAAAUACAUCUUGAGAAUAGACAUUGGGGAGAGACCAAGAAGUAGUUGGACAAGGACUCAUUCCUUACUAGCCAACAUAUUUGACCAUUUCAAAGCCAACAAAGGCGGCUUUACUUUUUGAUGUCUAUGUCGCCGCAAGAAGAUGAGGUUUUCAAUAUUUUAGGAAAAAAGAUGAACGAAUGGGCCUAUCCGUCCAGGGGCGCACAGGUCACUUCUAUUGGCUGGGAGUCUGUUGCGCUCCCUGGACAGACAGGGCCAACGUGGCCCCAUCCGUGUAACAGCAUCCCAUAUUUUAGAUGGAUUCACCUAGCAAGUUGUAUAUAGUGAAAAUUUGUAUAUAUAUAGACGUUUAGUUUUCUCUAAGAAAAUAAAGAAAAGCCUAUGCUCAAAAAACCAAUUUCUAAAACACAAGCACAAAAAUUAAUCAAGAAAAAGAAACUAGUCAAACAUGCAUACUCCUUGAAUUUUGGCUUAACAGUUGAAAAACCCCCAACCUAUUAAGUAUUCUGUGAAAUAUUCCUACCUUUUAGAAACAACAGAGAAGAUCCAUAUUUGAAACUUUUAGUGCAAAAUACAACAUUUGAAGUGCGGAAAAUCCUCUACUGUCCAAUUCCAUUAGUUUAACCAUUGAAUAUAGUAAACAUUGUCGAAAUUAAAAUGGAAUAAUUACAGAUUAUAUUAUCUUCUUCCCCACCCCCAUCGCAUCCAACCCCUGGUUAGAAUUAAUGAAGGCUGAUAAUAGGAAGAAUUUAAUCGACCCGAGAUUAGCGAGCAAUUACUAGUGGCAUUGGAAGAGAUGAUACCCUUUAAAAACCUCUACAGGAGAGAAUACCAAGGUCACAUGAAGAACGUACAACUUGUUGGGAAUUUACUUAUCAUGCAAAGCGAAAAAUAAAACAGAUUUCAAUUCCCAACAAUGAUCUACUUAGUGUUUAGGUAGAAAUUGUGAUAAAAGUAAUACAUUUUUCUAAAUCUGCAAACUACUUUAAUUUUCUUUAUUUCCAACAACCUUGUUUUGCCACCACACCUGUUAAAUUAUGCAGCUUCCAAUGGAAUUCUACACAGAGAAAAAGAUUGUAGGAACCGAGGUUUUCUCCUCUUAUGUUAGCAAGAAUGAAAUUCUCUACAAAAUGUAAACCUUAGCUACUUAUUUAUAUUAGUCCAAACGGGCUUGACCUGUCUCCUAACCCCGUUUAAUAUUUAGUUAACUCAUUUAAUUAAAUUCGGUCCAUGAAUUAAUUAAUCCAAUUAAUUGAUUCGGGCCUAUAAAUAAGCAACAUAAUUAAUUAAUUUGUUUGUUAAAUUAAUUAAUUGACAAAUCACAAUAUUCUAUUUCUCUUUUUGUGUGCGACCCAUCAAGUUUUUAAUCACGAUGUCAAAGGAUGUGAAUUAUUUUUUUGAUCUAAUCAAAAUUGAUAAACACCAUUUUAAUUUAACACCAAUUCACA